AUGCAUUCGAAAAGUAAAAGUGCUAAUGCCUACAACAAAAACAUGCAAGUUCGCAUUAAAGGUGACAUACUGAAAGAAGGAAACGGACAAUCACCGUUUCCCUACAUCCUCAUCGAUGUAACGGAAUUGGACGAUAAUUUGGGGUAUGUGGCGAAUGUUAUGGAUAUUAAAAGUCGAGAGCAGGCAUACAUGUACCUGAUCGAUAAAACCAAUAACCUCCACAUCGCCAAAACUCGAUCCCUAACUCACUUUAUGUCACAAUUGAAGUUUACUCCAUACCUACAACAUCUACUAGAAACAAUUGAAGAUGAGAACUAUUUGGCUUUGGUCUGGGAGGACCCCGGCACUCCACUUUCGGAGAUCCUCGCAAAUUCCGAUCACAUGAACAAUAUUUCAUUGCACUUAGAUUCCAAUAGAAAUAUAGACAUCAUCAAUAGAGAACAAACCUUUAAAUCACCUCCAAUAGACAUCUCCCAAGAUCUCGAUUUUCGCAAGACUUUUUGUCAAGUGUGCUGGGGAUUGGCCAAUUUGCACGAGAACAAUUUGGCUCACAUGAACAUCAAUCUGGACACAAUAUGGAUAAAACAGGUGGACAGGAUGAAAGAUGACAAACGCGUGAAAGAGAGUGAGGCGAGAAUCGUUGAUUUCUCGAGUUUGGGACAUUUUAUCACCACCAAUCCCGUUCGCAUGCAUGCUUGGUAUAACGGGAAUAACAAAUCGUCGUCUAUUCAUAAUGUUGGGGAAAAGAGUUUCGAAGAGCACGAUGAUUACCGGGACAACGAAAACUCUUUUGACGUAUUCGUGGCUCCGGAGAUUGUUAAUGAACAACCAUGCUGGGGAUGGAGACCUGACGUGUGGUCGUUGGGUGUAGUGUUGUAUUUUUUCAUCACACGGAACUUCCCUUGUGACGGUGACUAUCAAAGAUUUCAUUGGGAAAUAGCGAGCGGAAAGUUUGAAUACCCCGAAGGAAUGGACCCAGAUGCCGUCGACCUCUUAAAACAAAUGUGGAAUCCCGACCCAACAGUAAAGUUUGACAUGUGGGAUGUCAAAAAGCAUGCGUUCCUCUCACCAUCUUCCACGAACUCUACAGUUAACUCGGCACAUUCCUUAUCUUCGGCAUCUGCCUCUUUAAAAGCAUCAUUCGAAUCUGAGGUGCAACAUUAUCACAAAGACGGUUACGAGCGGCAUCGAUCAUCACAUUCCAAAAACCUUCUAAAAAGAAACAUAAUUCCAAAGAAUGUCUUGAGAAAUAGUAUAUUUAUGAGGAACCAUAAGGAUGACGACGGGAAAGGCGGUAAAAAUGUUCCAAGUAGUGAAAAUGCUCUCGUAGAUCCUGAUUCAGAUUUGAUGUGUGUUGAAAAUGAGAAACAAAAUGUUAAGAAUCAGAAGGGAGAAAUGAGAGAUAAAAAAAGGAUGUCAUUGAAACGAGGGGGCAAGAAGAGGAUUGGAAAAGGGAAGGAUGGAAAGGAUGGAAGCAUGGUGAGGAGGAUAAAGUGUGCGGUUAAGAGGUUGGCAAAUAUAUGUCAUCCGGAGUCGGCCGAGUCACGAAAAAUUAGGAUAACGUGUAAGGAUGACGAGAGCGAAAUCAAGGAUGAUGCGGAGACAUAG